AUGGGGGAUUCUUCUGGAAAUUCGAAUAGAGUCAAGCUUCGGGAUGGAGCUGGUAGAAGAGCUUGGGGUGUGUACUUUCUGUUCUACGACCGUUCUGGAUAUGGAGAAUCGGAUUCAAACACGAAACGUUCUUUGGAAAGCGAAGUUGAUGACAUAGCAGAACUUGCAGAUCAGUUGAAGAUAGGACCUAAGUUUUACAUAAUUGGAUCUUACCCUACUUGGGGUUGCCUAAAACACAUACCUCACAGGCAAUUUAACUGA